UAGAUAAAUACAGACAAAAACAGAUUGAGGAGCAGCCCAGCGGUGAGAGGAGGACGAGGCGAGGGACUCUUGUUUCAGAAAGGUGGCCAGCCAUCGUUACCGCAGACGAAGAGUGAGACACCUGCAGACAGACACACACACAGACACACCGAGACAUGGUGAAGAUCAGUUUCCAGUCUGUCGCGGGACAGAAAGUGGAGAAGGAGAAUGAUGGCGAAAAGACCGAGAUCCUCAUCCCUCAUCCUAUGGAUGAGGAUGAGCUGGUCCUGCCACUGCGGCCCAAAAAGUCUCCCCUCAACGGCCUCUGCUGCCUGACGUUUGGCCUGGUCGUGUUCAUGGCCGGUCUGGUCCUUGCCUCCAUUUAUGUCUACCGCUACUACUUUAUACCUCAUAUCCCAGAGGAUAACAUGUUCCACUGCAGCAUACUGUAUGAAGACUCCGUAUAUGCCCCACUGCGUGGGCGCCAGGAGCUGGAGGAAAAUGUUGGCAUCUACUUGGCCGACAACUACGAGAAGAUCACUGUGCCCGUGCCUCACUUUGGAGGCAGCGACCCCGCUGAUAUAAUCCACGACUUCCACAGAGGACUGACCGCCUACCACGACAUCGCUCUGGACAAGUGCUACGUCAUUGAGCUCAACACCACCAUCGUGAUGCCACCACGCAACCUCUGGGAGCUGCUUAUCAAUGUCAAGAAGGGAACAUACUUGCCUCAGACCUACAUCAUCCAUGAAGAGAUGGUGGUGACAGGCAGAGUGCACAACAUGCGUCAGCUGGGACCCUUCAUUUACCGCCUGUGCAACGGGAAGGACACGUACCGCCUGAACCGCCGUGUCACCCGCAGACGCAUCAACAAGCGUGAGGCGAAGGACUGCCACCACAUCCGUCACUUUGAGAAUACAUUUGUGGUGGAGACGACUAUCUGUGAAGGCGAGGAGGAGUAAACAGAACGGCCAUCCGUGUCAUCCCACCCACCCAAAGGCACAUCUUCAGUCACCACCCCAGCCACUGUAGCAUCCUCCUGUGGACCUGAUCAUGUCUGAGUUGCACUUUACUUGUGAUUUCGGUUUGAUGUCGUAAAAGAUUUUAUUUCAUUUCAAUAACUAUAUUUUUUUUUUUUCAAUUCCCUCAAAUAAUAUUUACCCUGAAGUGCGAUGCAAUAUAAACUGCUGGUUCUAUCACAGGAUUUUCCUUGUAGCAAAGUGCUUUAGCCAUUAAUGAAUUAGAAUUUCAAGACCUCUCCUCUUCCUCUGGGGAUUUGUAUGACGGUUACUGUCGUUGGGGGAGAUGACGGUCUCCAUGUGUCGUCAAGGAGACUGCACUUGUUUUUUUUUUCUCUCCUGCACUGGAGGUUACCUUGUGUCCCUUAGUUCUACUGACACAAUCAUCUGUGCAGAGCAUGAAGCCUUGCUUAUCAGAGCAAACAUUGUCCAUAGAUUUAAAUGAUUAUCUUUUUUUUCUCAUGUUCUCUGUAAUAUAAACAUGUAACUGCUGAUGACUAGUUGCUUGCUUGCAUCUUUAUCCUCUUGCUUGCCUGUUGCUUCCUCACUCCCCUUUCUACUUUUCAUUUUCUACAUGUUCGAGAAGGUCAGGCAUUAGACUGCAUUUACUUUUUUUGUAUAUUAUUUCAUCAUGAUUGAAACCGCUUAACACCUGUAUUUAUUUUGAAUUUGCUUAUUUGUCAUCUGCUAUUCUCUUUUCUUCUUUUUUUUUAGUGCAGUCUUCAUCAAUGCCUUUGUGAAUCAUUUUUAAAAAAGAUGUCUUUGUUUCCACUUGCAUGUGUUUAUCUAUAAGAGAAAAAACAGCACUGUUAGAAUGUUUUGUAAAACAACGUUUAAGCCUUAGUCCAGAGUCAGAGACUGGAUUAAAGUCAGUACUACUGAAAGGGAGCAUAUUAUACGAUACGUUAGUCAAACAAAACCAACUUUGAUCUGUAUAUUUUGUCUGCUGAUGAAAUCAUGAAAUCUGUCUGUGAAUAAAGUAGUGAAAAUAA